AUGGAGACUAAGGCAUACAUGUCAGGUCUUGUGAAACAUCCAAGACUGUCUUUGGUUGGAAAGUUCUUCACAAGUCUCGUUCCACCGUCCUUUGACCGAACAGAAAGCACACUUCGGCAACAAUGGAAACUUUCCGGCGGCUUGAAGGUAUUCCCUUUGGAGAAAGACAAUAUAAUCUUAUUUGAAUUCGAACAUAAGAGCGACAAGAAGAAUGUUAUAAUGGAUGGACCUUGGAACGUUGAUGGUAUCAUAAUAGUCCUUAAACAAUGCCCACAAAACAUCUCCAUGUCCGAUAUUGAUUUUUCUGCUACUUCCUUCUGGGUCAAGGUAAUAGGUCUUCCCUAUUUUCAGUACACCCAAGCAGAUGCUGUGAAGAUUGUGAAUAAGCUUAGUGAUAAGCCAUUGAUUUCUUUGGAAUAUGACCUUUCAACAAGAUGCUUUUUGGUUAGGGCUAAGAUAAAUCUUAGAAAACCACUCUCUCCCGGGUUUUACAUUAACGGUAGAGGUCGUAAGCGUCCGUUCGUUCAGUUCAAGUACAAGAAUCUAGGUAUUUUCUGCGAACAGUGUGGUAUGGUUGGCCACCGCAAGUGUGGAGAAGUCACAAGGGUUAGACCUUUGACACGCGAGUUUCAAACCCAUGUGUAUGGUCCAUGGCUGAGAUACGACAAUGACCAGGCUGGUAAUAAAAGUUUACCCGUGAAGCUGUACUACGUUAAGCCGUCUAGUGAUUGGUUUGGUUUGGAGUACGAGGAGACAGUUACAUUCGCUCAGUUCUAUGUUAGGGUCGUUGUUGAUGUUAUCUACGCGAGUGAGCAUGAGUGGGGCGGCAAGAAACUGACUCGUUCCUUGCUUAAAAGUCAGUAUGAUUUUUCUUUCCGGUUUCCUUGUUUCCCGACAAGUGUCAUUAAGGAUGUUAUAGCGUUUGAGAUCGAUGGUAUCUCAUCCUUGGAGAAGUUGACAGAAGAGGACAAGGAGAUCCUCGUCAAUAAUCUCGUGGAUCACAUAAUGAAGCAGAGGAAGUCUUGGUCGGGGAACAAAUGGGUUCCUUUCAUAGUUGGUGUCGAGAAAACAGUAAUGAUACCACCAGUGGAUAUGGAGGCUAUGCUUGAAGAAGACAAAGAUAUAGAACUAUUUGAAACCAUGAAAAGCAAGAUUUAUAAACUAGUAGGCAGUCCUGUAGGGAAGUCAGAUGAUUUAGUUAUGAAGACUAUUGGAGAUGCGAUCGCUGAGGUCGGUUUGAUUCAGUUUGAAGAUGAGUACUUUGAGUGGUGGAUGAGAGGUGUGAGAGACUCAGUUCCCGAAAGAAGACUGGAUGAUCGUAAUCACAAGGGUGUCAAGGUUCUUGGCCCUGAUAUGGAUUUGUUUGGCACUUGUUGUAUAUGUCAAGAAGAUUUCAUACUUGGAGAGGACGCGACCUUUACUUCUCCUUGUUCUCAUCUUUUCCACACUUACUGCAUCAACGAGUGGAUUCAAGAAACUCCAAAGUGUCCACUUUGUUGUAUCCAGCUUCAAAUUGUUUAA